ACUAAGUACUUCUUCUUCAUUCACUUCUCUUUAUUUUCUUCAAACCCAACAUCAACAUAUACAUUAUUGUUAUUAUGAUGAUAUCAAGAAGCAUUCUAUUCUCUUUGGUUUUCUUGGUUUUCUCUUUUCUCAUCCCUACCUUCAUUUCCUCUUCCCCUCUCCAAGACCCUGAAUUGGUAGUUCAAGAGGUGAAUAGGCAAAUCAAUGCCUCCAUUGCUAGGAGGAGCUUGUUAGCUAGUGAUAGGAGAAACUUAGGGUACCUUUCAUGUGGAAGUGGCAACCCCAUUGAUGAUUGUUGGAGGUGUGAUCCUAAUUGGGAACAGAACAGACAGAAGCUAGCCGACUGCGCAAUUGGGUUCGGAAAGAACGCAAUUGGCGGUCGGGAUGGUAAGAUUUACGUGGUAGAUGAUUCUGAAGAUGAUGAUCCAGUAAACCCUAAACCCGGAACCCUACGUCAUGCAGUGAUUCAGGACGAGCCAUUAUGGAUCAUAUUCGCUAGGGAUAUGGUAAUCAGACUGAAAGAAGAACUAAUUAUGAAUUCUUACAAGACAAUUGAUGGAAGAGGAGCUAGUGUACACAUUGCUAAUGGUCCAUGCAUAACUAUACAAUAUGUGACAAAUGUGAUUAUACAUGGAAUUAACAUACAUGAUUGUAAGCAAGGGGGGAAUGCUAUGGUGCGCGACUCUCCUAGGCACUACGGGUGGAGGACCGUAUCGGACGGCGAUGGCGUGUCGAUCUUCGGUGGGGCCCACAUUUGGGUGGACCAUUGUUCAUUGUCCAAUUGCAAUGAUGGGUUGAUUGAUGCAAUUCAUGGGUCCACAGCAAUCACAAUAUCUAACAAUUACAUGACACACCAUGAUAAGGUUAUGUUGUUAGGUCAUAGUGAUGAAUAUACUCAAGACAAGAACAUGCAAGUCACUAUUGCUUUCAACCACUUUGGUGAAGGUCUUGUUCAAAGAAUGCCAAGGUGUAGGCUUGGAUACUUCCACGUGGUGAAUAAUGACUAUACACAUUGGGAGAUGUAUGCUAUUGGAGGAAGUGCUAACCCUACCAUUAAUAGCCAAGGAAAUAGAUUUGUUGCACCCAAUGAUAGAUUCAGCAAAGAGGUAACAAAGCAUGAGGAUGCAGCAGAGAGUGAAUGGAAGAAUUGGAAUUGGAGAUCAGAAGGGGACAUGCUUGUUAAUGGUGCAUUCUUCACAGCUUCUGGUGCUGGUGCUUCUUCAAGCUAUGCUAGGGCUUCUAGCCUCAGUGCUAGACCCUCUUCUCUUGUUGCUUCUAUUACUACUUCUUCUGGUGCCCUUCUUUGCAAGAAAGGUUCUCCAUGCUGAUCUCAACAUUAAUUCAUCAACCAAAAUUGUUAUUAAUUAA